GUCGGCUCCGUAAACUCAUGACAGCACCAUGACUGUAGUGGAAGUAUGGGCUCGCAGGCGAAGAAGACCACCGACGAUGGACUACGGGAGCAGUAUGAGGGUCGACGACUGGGAGCGACAACGGAGCUGGACACAGACGAAUGGGACGACAGCUCUAGCGACGGCGGUGAAGGGAUAGCAGAUUCUGACUUUGGUGUAACCACCAGAGAAAACGAUGAUGACCUUCUGGAGAACAGUACUGCGGAUACUGAAGGCACAUCUGAGAGCGACCCGGCGCCCGCUUUACGUCGGCGGCAGCCGCCAGUGUCCUACGGAGGACUAGGAAGUGCAGGCAGUUACGGGCCAUACCGUAAGCCUACGCAGCGGUCAAGCUACCGACAGUUUAGCGCGGGCCAGCCUAUUACUUCUUCAUCGCUCCGAGACCACCGUGCUCUUAUUAGCAGUGCUCCUGGCUCCCGUCGCGUAUCCAAUUAUUCCAUGAGAAGCUCCAAUUCCACGUACUAUCCAAUGCUAUUGGAAUCUACCCCAGCUUUCUUACUCCCAGCUGAACCUGAGGGUCGCGCAGAUAGUCUUCCUCGACACCCACCCCGCUCGUCCCCGCUCAGUGGCUCGUCGUAUCCGCAGUCGCUAAUUUCUCAGUCGUCUCGCGAUUCGCACCAAAGCUUAAGUGCUGCAUCGAAACUGGACGGGACUUCCUCCCCGCUAGAUUCUGUUCUGGCUAACGUUCCGGAUGAUGAUCCAUACGUGCUUCAAGUGAUGAAUCUCUCUACCCAGCAUUACCGAGAAAAGCAAACUGAGCGUGACCCUGUCAAGGGGAGCCCGCACACAGUUGCGACGCUGCCAACAGACGCUUCUAGACGCACAACAUCGAGCACUACACCGGAUUCGGUACCGCUGUUGGCUGGCCAGGCUGACAUUACAUUAGCAAGCGUGGAACGGAAGCCCUCGGACGUCAAUCGGCCUGUUGAGGAUGCACCUGAAACCAAUUUUCAGGCUUCUCAGCAGACUUUAUACCGUUCUUCACGAUGCAAGCAAUAUUUUGAAACACGAUAUUCGCAUAUCUGUCUCCUUACAUCUUCCCCAAAUUUGCGAUAUAACCCGCUCGAGGUCAUUCGAUGGAGGAGGGCCAUGUGGCAGAGGGCUGUAAAGUCGGGCGCCUCAACUGAAGAGCAAAAAAAAUGGAAACUAAGAUAUUACACUUGGCAUGUUGGUAAUACGGAACUAGUUGAGUAUUACAAUGAGCAUAAAGAGGAUAAUAAAGAUCAAGAGGGGAGCAACAUGGCCAAUGACUUAAGCAGGGCUCACACUGAUAUUGAUGACGUCCUUGCCGACAACGAGAAGCGUCCUUCCAAAUGGAAGAAAGCGCGGAAACGACGACGCCCGACCAAAGGGGAAUGGCAGAACUCAUUGCGGGUAUCGGAUCGUCGAUUUUCGCGGCGAAGUAAGGCUAUUAGUCGUUCGCUCGUAUCACCGCCCGACGGAACCGCACCCGAAGAGUCAAAUCAAGGGCAAGCAUUGAGCGUCGAAGCCGCCGACGAUGCCACGAGAGAAGUACCGAGGCCCAUGUUCGACGUGGAUGGAACUAUUAUUGUCUCGCCGUCUUUCCUGACGCAAUUUCUUGCGGGAGGAUCAGCCGGACUGGAACCGGGGGCCUUCAGCCGUCUGGAAAGUGCUCAAGAGCUGAGCGACGACGGCAAACUGGUAUACGCAUCAGGACCGAGCGCUUCGCAGGCUCAGCAGGCGGUUUCCCCAUCUGAAAUCUCUGAAAAUCCAUUUGAGGAACUUCAACAGACAAGUGUUACGGCGCCGGCACUGUCACAAGGUGUUCCGAAAGUGUCGAUGGAGACAAACAUAUCUUCAGGAUCACCUCAAAUGAUGGAUUUGGACCAGUCAGAAGAUGCAGAGGAGAUUGUCCCUGUUCCUGAUGGGCAAGCUAAAAGGAAAAAAUCCGGGUUCUGGGGUCGGAUCCUUGAGAAGCGUGCACCUGAAGACUCGAGCACAUCGGUCGUUAGUGGAGAAAAUGGCAAUAUAUCCCAAGUUCCUGGCCGGAAAAAAAGCUUUUUGUCUGCCGUUUCGAUGGACCAUUUGGGUCACAAGAAAGGAAAAUCACCCUUCGUGACACCGGCAAACAUUCCCCGCGUCAGCGCCGAGUCACAACGAUCGAUCACCAAGUCGAGCACGUUGUCAUCUACGAGAGAUGGAAUGGAUAUUUUGAGAAAGCCGAGGACUCCCAGUCCUUUCAAAAAGUUUCCUCGGAUGGCGCAUGCAGAAUCAGAGCCGGUGCUGGUCAAAGGUGGAAGGAGCGGUGCACGCAGGCGCUCACCUUUUCCCGGAGAUGGAGAUGAUGAAGGCUUACGUGUUUCCCACCGUCAAGAUGUGGACCGGGGCAUUGGCCAAAUUCAAGUCGCCAAUAAUGUGGAUAUGCCUGAACAUCCUAUUAGUGAACCAGGUUCGCACCCAGAAGAUCAUGGCUAUGGGCACCAGGAGGCAGCACAGGCUUGCCCAUCACAAAACCGCGAGUCUGUACUGGAUGACAGUAUGGCAUCGGAUACGGAUGACGGUGACCCCCGUGGACGUGUACGUGGCAUUAAAGGCAUGAUGAAGACGAUUGGCCUCCGACAACGCAAAGAUAUCGCUGCUCAGGGCGACGAAAAUGUUCAGUCAGAUGGAGAUACCGGGAUGGCGGCUGCUGGUUGGGAUGACGGGGAUGCAGUGCGAAAGAAAGCUAGAUAUUUUAAAGCGAAACUUACAAGAGAUCAAAGCAAGAGAUGGGUGUGGGAUGAUAGUAGUAGCGAAGAUUCUAGCGAAAAUGCCGUAAGUGCGACGCGAGGCCGAAGUAGGGAUCAAUGGUGGAGUCGACGGAAGAUGAAGGGAAAGAAGGCGAGUGCUGGAGAUAUAGCGAGCAAGACUGGAUCGAGGAUCCAGUUGGGAGACUCGCAAGAGGCAACCAAGAAGCCACGCCGCCGGAAGAAGCUAAUGCGUACUUUCAUCGGAAGUCGCCUGGGAUACGAAUCAUCGACCUCCGCUACAUCCAGCGUGGCUGAUCAAGAUGGAAUAGAUGGCAUGGAUGGUUCUGCCCGGGUGGAUGUCGUGGAAGAGGGAGGCACGAUCAAACGUCUAGCAGGAUGGAUCGUGACCUCCGCUACCUCCGGUGAGGAGGAUGACGAAGUCGGUCCGGUGUCCGGGUCUAAAUCGCUAUCCUCGAGCAAGGGGAGAUCCCCAUCACAACGUGGAGAAGCAAUUUCAACCUUUGAUCGUGGAGACCAAACAUAUCCGCGCCGGGAUAUCGACUCGCCCCUGACUGCUGAAGAGCAUGACUUGCACGAUCGCCUAUUAAUGCUUGGCGGCAGAUUGGACAAGAUGAUGCCUUCGGUGGAGAGGUACAAGGUUGAUAUUGAGCAUCAAAUCGACCAGCAUAAGACCCUCAUGUUACGCCUUGCUCUGCCGGAGCCAGCGCAAAACGUUUCUGAUGCCCUGGAAAAUGAAAAAGAUAAAAACGCGUCCACUGUUCAAACGGGAGCGGAUGAAGAGGGCCAAACCCCUUCCUCGUUACCACUUAUACAGACCGUCGAGGUCACUGGGGUGAAGCUCACUGAAGAGAAGAUUCGCCAGGCAAUGGAGAAAGUCACAGAUUCAUUGACGACCCUGGAAGAUCUAUGUCUGGCACUGACUACUCGUGAUAAUCAGUCUCACGAACAUGUGAGCGCGAUGAUGUGUGGAUUGGACGCUGUCAAUCAGCAGGUCAAUGAGGAAUUAUCUCGGCAACUCAAGAUCGUUGAAGAGGCGUUACAGCAGGCUGAAGGCCGCCCGCGCGCACUUGGAUUCUUUCAAGAGUUGUACUAUCAACUCAUUGCUUACCUACUGGCAUUCCUCGGCUUUACAAUUUGGUCCUGGUUCCAACUUUGGAAGGUCGGACGGCGCGCUUUAAGCGGCGCGAAGACUAUUGUGGCGGUUAUCAGUCCUCCCGCGGCCGCGGCUGUCGAAGACGCUGGGCAGGCCACACUAGACAUCGUAAAACAGGGCACGGUCAAGGCCCUCGCGUCUGCUACGGGAGGGCUGCAGAGUCCGAGUUGAUUGCGAAGAGGGGUGGGGAGUUCACUGUUGCAUUUUUCUUCUUUUCUUUUCCCUUUGGGCGGAUAUUUGGUAGACUUCUAUUAUUUUGACAUAUUUUAUACAAUUGGAAUUGUAAAUAUAUUGUGCACGCGCAUGAAAGAAUCA